GGAGGGCGCGACGUCACUACCCGGCGUGCCGCGCGCGGCGCUUCCCCCACCCGCUAAUGUUUUGGCCGAUUCAAGAUGGCGGUGCAGGAGUCAGCUGCUCAGCUCUCCAUGACCCUGAAGGUGCAGGAGUACCCGACCCUCAAGGUGCCCUACGAAACACUGAAUAAACGCUUUCGGGCUGCUCAGAAAAACAUUGACCGAGAGACGAGCCACGUCACCAUGGUGGUGGCUGAGCUGGAGAAGACCUUGAGCAGCUGCCCCGCUGUGGACUCCGUGGUCAGCCUUCUGGAUGGUGUGGUGGAGAAGCUCAGCGUCCUCAAGAGGAAGGCGGUGGAGUCCAUCCAGGCCGAGGACGAGAGCGCCAAGCUGUGCAAGCGCAGGAUCGAGCACCUCAAGGAGCACAGCAGUGACCAGCCGGCGGCGGCCAGCCUGUGGAAGAAGAAGCGCAUGGACCGCAUGAUGGUGGAGCACCUGCUGCGUUGUGGGUACUACAACACGGCUGUGAAGCUGGCCCGGCAGAGUGGCGUCGAGGACUUAGUGAACAUCGAGAUGUUCCUGACGGCCAAAGAAGUGGAGGAGUCCCUGGAGAGGCGCGAGACGGCCACCUGCCUGGCCUGGUGUCACGACAACAAGUCCCGGCUGCGCAAGAUGAAGGGCCGCCAAAGCGAGCACGACGCGAAGACGGGACGGAAAAGUAGAGUGGCCAGUGGCUCCCCUAAAGAGAGUGAGGAUCUUGGUAUGGAAACCAUAAAAGGAAAGCCAGAAUUGAGUUGCCUGGAGUUUAGCCUGAGGAUUCAGGAGUUCAUUGAGCUCAUCCGGCAGAACAAGAGACUAGACGCCGUGAGACACGCGAGAAAGCACUUCAGUCAGGCCGAAGGGAGCCAGCUGGAUGAGGUCCGCCAGGUCAUGGGCAUGCUGGCCUUCCCACCAGACACACACAUCUCGCCCUACAAGAUGGAAGUUCCCAGAUCAUCAAGUUUUGCUUUCUUUAGACGAGCAGUCCCACUCCGAGGUCCGUUUUCUGUCCGCUCGUUUAGUGGAAAGGCUUGCAGAGAAGCUAGGUGCACCUCCAGCCGCUUGCCUGGGACGCUGCAGCCCCAGGUCCAGUGUCCUCGUACACAGGCACCGCCUUCCCCCGCUGCGGCCGGGCUCUCUGCCACCUAUGACAGGCCCGCUCUUGCUGGAGACUGGGGCCCUCCCAGCCGCGUCCACGUCUUAGGUGUUUGUGGCUCAGUCCCUCCCUCAGUUUUCUGUCGUCUGUCUGGGCUGCUGUGACAGAAUCCCACAGGCUCGGGUCGGGAAGCCCGAGAUCAGGGCACUGGCAAGGUUGCGGGGGGCUCUUCCUCCUGUGUGUUCUUAUGAGGAAACUAGUUCCUGAAGACCCCACCCUCAGGACCCUGUGGGCCCGGAGGUCCACCUGCCGACAACGUCAACAGUGGGGGACACAAGACGCUCAACCACGGUGUCGUCCCCGGCUGCCAGCCCAUCCCCCGAAGGACUGAAGUAAACUGCCUUCCCUGUGGGCUGAGCCGGGCUUGUUCCCUGAGCCGUGAUGGUGGGUUCUGCCCAGGGGCACCCCCGCUGGCUGGAGUGCUCGGCCACAGGCCGUCUGCAGGGUGGCUGGAAGCGUGUCCCCCGAGACUGGACUCAGCACAGCUCUGUGGUGUCGGAACGUCCUAUAAUCAGCCCUCCGGCCACAGGGAUCUUGCCGGAGUGAGACCGAACUUCAGCUGGCAGCCUCUUCGGUCUCUCUUCCCUGCUCUGGAGAAGCUUUGUGAGAGGUGCAGUCAGGGCCUGCCCUGGGGAGCGAGGCGUCCCACUUGCGAAGAGCGAGGCCAGUGCUCCGUCCGAGCCGGAGGGCCGGCCCUUGGAGGCACCGAAGUGGCGUGAAGAGAAGCCACGCAGCCAUUGUGGAGCCAAGGCCGGCGGGGGACAGGCACAACCCAUCGACGCACAGCCUCGUACCUGGACACGGAUGGCACACCGGAGGAAGGCCAGGGUGCACACAGAGGGGAUGGCGCCGGGUGGGGGCACGGGACCCUGAAGGGCAGUGCUGGGGCGGGGACAGAGCCCUCACCCCCUGUGGCAGGUGUGUCUCAGUGGGUCACACGAGAAGCAGGACGACGUGCCCUGGUCAGGGAGAGGUGGCCGCACCAGAGGCCCAAGGCCAGGGGUCUCAGGGAGGGGGGAUGCGGAGCCUCUGGACUCUGGGCUUGGUCCUCUGUGGACUUUGCUUCGAUAAAAACGACAUUAAAGUUGUGUUUUUGUAAUGUUGGAGUUAAGCGUGAUGUCUGCCUGUGGAGCCCCGCUGAACGGGGGUGCCCACGCUUCCUCCCUCAGUGUGGGGCCCUGACCCCAGUGCUUGACGUGCAGAGUUUCCCUCGUGCUGGCAUGCGCCCUCCCCUCCCUUCUCUUGUUGACUCUGAACCUGGGAAGCCCGGGGACACACACAAUGACCAGGCCUGAGGUUCUGGAGUGAGACUUUUCCCCCCGAGACCUCAGUGCUGUUCUUCGGCCCACUGUGUUCCCUUCCUGCCGUGAGGCCACAGGCCCCCCCCAACCCUUGAGCAUCUGUGUCCACGCAGACCACGUGGCGGCGGUCCUUACGUGGACUCGGGAGUCCAGGCUGCAGGCGCCCCGCACUGCUCUGUGGCCGGUGGGCGCGGGUUCGUGGGGCCCGGGCCGGCGUGGGAAGGGUUUCUUGUGUGUUCUUGUCGGGGACGGCACUGUGCCGUCCCCAGCACCGCUCUGCCCUG